GUUGAGAGAUCAGUCUGCAGGCUUUGUAAACCAAUCAGAACCAUUUAUCUCAACUGGGGUCUUCCAUUAGGAGUCAAUUGGACAAGUGCUCAAAGCUAUAUGAGAUCACGACGGCGCCACUCAGCUUACAGAAAAGGGAAAUUGUAUCACUUUGCUUCAAAGCCUUCAGGGGAGAGCAAGAUUUUUAUCACCAAAGAGAGAUAAAAGUUUAGCCAGGCCUGGAUUUGCACCCCCUCCAGCCAAUCGAACAAGAGCAUAAAUACCAGCAUUGAUCAGAGAAAGCACAGACGUGGAGGAGACGUACCAGAGAUGGAGAGAGCAGACAAAGAGGUCAGUGUGGCGGCCAUGAAGGAGUACUACAAGCAGUUUGAUCCUCGGUCUUACCUAAGGUACAACUAUAUUCCUCCUCGUGCUGACUUCACACGGACUGACAGCAUCGUGCCAUGGAAGCUGAGCUGCCUUCAUCGUGCCUUCCAAGAUGGUGAUGUUCAUGGGCGCACCCUCAUAGAUAUUGGCUCUGGACCUACCAUCUAUCAGUUGUUAAGUGCUUGUGAGCAUUUCUCUAACAUCAUCAUGACAGACUUCUUAGAGGUCAACAGGCAGGAGAUCAGGCGCUGGUUACGUGGAGAGCCAGACACAUUUGACUGGACAGCCUUUCUCCAACAUGUCUGUGAGCUGGAAGGCAAAGGGAGCUGCAGCUGGCCAGAAAAGGCAAAGCGGCUGCGCACAGCCGUCCAUGAUGUGAUACCCAUCGACGUUCACAGUCCAAACCCUCUUCAACCCUACAGCCUGCCUGAGCUGGCAGAUUGCUUGGUGUCUUCUUUUUGUCUGGAAGCAGUAAGUCCUGACCGUACCAGCUUCCAGAAAGCGCUUACCAAUCUUGGCACCUUACUGAAACCUAAUGGGCACUUCCUGAUGAUCGGGGCCCUGGAUGAAUCCUACUAUCAAGUGGCCGAUGGGGUCCAUAUCCCCGUGGUGCCCGUGGAUCAGGAGUUUGUGAGUGCCACCCUGAAGAGCUGUGGAUACGAGAUUUGUACUUUUCAGUGCUACACUCUGCCACAAGAUAUGAAAGUGGGCGUGGAUGACGUGGCUGGGAUUUUCUUUGUGAAGGCAAAGAAGAAGUAGGGAGGGGAGCACCAAAUUGGGGUGUUUGACCUGUUACUUGACAGGCAAGUGAAGGCACUUUUGGCAGUUUUGCAGUUUCUUUAAGAAGUGUACCUUCUUCCCCUUUACAGAGAAAAGACAUUCUUCAGUGCACAGGCACUGUCUGACAGUUUGGUGUUUAUUAAUUAAACCAUCUGAAUGCCAUAUACAGUGCCAGGGCAGUUUAAAUUUGAAGCAGAUAAACACAGUGGAUUGAUCUUUCAUUAUCAAAGAUUUACCAUCAUGUUAUGCAUUGCAUAGUAGCAGGGACUACUAUCUACCGGUAGGAGCAGACCAAUUUGUUAUUAGCACUGCGUCCUGGUCCACUAAGAGGGCAUUCUUCUUAUAAUAGGGCAAAGCAGGAGUGCAUCAUCCCAUAAUGUAAGAGCUCCCCUAUGGAAAACAAAGCACAGGUGACCCUUCCUUCUUCCUCUGCACUUGGGUUAACUCAUUCCCCAGUUCUCCUUUCUCCUUCAGCUGACUUGCUUAAUUGCAGAUGCCAACCUCACUGGGGUUUUUUUGCUUGCUUACUACUGCCAUCUACAGACCAACAGUGGUAUACACCUUCCCCAGUCCAUUACAGUGCUUUGUAAAAACUGUAACAGGUUUGUGAGGUUAUUAUUGUCAGAGUAUAAUGUACAGUUAGACUCUUACUUGUGUGUGUUAUCUUGUGUCGGUAAAUGUGACAGAAAAUAAAGGU